GAAUUUGCUGCGCACAACGCGGCACGUGUUUUUAAAUACGUAAACACGUGUAACAGGAAGUGUCAUUAAAAAUAUAUGAUAUGCUUAUCUUAUUCUUUAAACGAACAAGUCUUGAUUUGAGAACCACUGCUAUCAGUCAGUGCAUGAUAAAUGCUGAUGUAUAUGCGGCUGUGUAUACGUGUGUGCAUGCGUGCACGCACGAUUGCGUGGCUCGAGUCGGAGUGGAAUGGCAACAUCGGUCCAGUGUGAAAAAGCGCUCGCAGAGGAAGUAUGGAGAUUAUUUUCUGAUAUACACGGAGGAAUUAAAACCGCCGAGGCAGAUGACGUGGCCCGCGGUAUACUCAGCUGACCACAAGCGGCCUUCGACCAGUCCCCAUGUGCUCCUGCGUGAGAGAGAUUUGACGGCGACGGCUUGUUUAUUUCGCGCGGAUCGCAAAAAUAAGUCGUUACAAUGCGUUACACGGCACGGGCGUACGGUGUAACUCUGUGAUAGGUGCGGAUACCGCCGUGUGCUGCUCUAUUUGGUAACAACAGGAUAUCCGAGAAUCGACGAGGUUGAUCACCACCAUAGUGCGCUAAUUAAGAAAAUUUUAUUACUGCUGUUGGGAUAAGACAAGCGAGCAAAUACCUCAUUAAUUUAAAUAACAAUUAUUUUGCUGCGCUGCAAAUAAUAUUGUGAAUAAAAUGCCAAAUCUACAGAUUGUGAUAUUAUGUUUCGGUAUUCUAUCAUACGUUUCACGAGCGCAGGCAGAAGGUAUCUCGUGCUUCAAAUGUCUCAUGACACUCACGAGACCGGAAGAUUCGGACAGGCUUUGCUCCCAUUUUGACGGAAGCGACAAAUUUCAGACAUUCUGCCCAACUUCAACGCUAUGCAUGAAGAGGACUGUUGAGUACAGAUCGAAAACAUCCGUAGUGAAAACUAUUCAAAGGGACUGCGCGCCGCAAAAAUAUACCUCUCACACUUACAACGAUAACGAAAAGACAUGGCAUAAAAAGGAAGAGAUCAUAACGACGGCUUACGACGAAGGUUGCUUCGUCGGUGAACACAGAGGCGCGCCCACUGGCCCACCCGAAUACUGUUUCUGCAGUUUUCAUUUGUGCAAUUCGGCCCCUCCGCAAAUUGGAACGUUCAACAAAAUAUACGGAUUAACAAUAAUAGCGCUAACGAUACUAACUGUAAUAUCGUUAUAAAAAAUAUUCCCAAUUUAUACCGAUCUAAAUAAUAGAGCAUGUUACUUGGAACAAAGUAUUUCAUGCAUGGGAUACACAGCCAUAUUAAUUAUGGCAAGGCUUGAUAAAUCUUUUAAUUAACGCUUUUUAAACGCUGCGCGCCCGGAAUGAUCGACUCAGCUUUAAACGCGAAAGAAAAACUGCCAUUUAUCUCGAACUUCUGUUGCGGUACAAUUGCGGCGUAAUAAUUUGUGUAAGUACUUAACGUUUAAACUCGAGCUGUGAAUGUGAAUAUUGUAACGAUAUCGAUAUUUAACAUGUUUGAUAAUAACAAAGAUAUUAAGUUUCGGCAGAUUGGUGCUAGAGUAUCUUUAUAUUAUCGUCAUCUGUUACGUGAAUUAUGUAAAUCAAUGUAUGUAUAUUGCAAUAAUAAUUAAUUUGUUACUCCAAG